ACAUUGACUUCAAUUAUUUUACAAACUAUUAUGCAUUUUAAAAGUGCUGUUAUUCUCUGCGCGGUGUAUUUCUUUACAUCUGUACGGAGCACUGGACUACAUGAGGAUCAAAUAAAAAAAUGUAUUGAAUUAUACAAAAAUCGAGAUGAAAAAAAUAUUGCAAGUGUUAUUGCACGUACUAUGAGGAACGUAUUUGGAAUUGAAUACCCUAAUGAAGUUUUUAAAUAUGACUCAAAAGAGCCUUAUCAUACACAUUUUACGGACUUAUUUUUGGUGCUUGCGUAUAAUGGAACAAUUACCAGAUUCGAGGAUACAACGUUGAUGCCCUUCGAAGUAGAGUUAUACCUCAAAAUGUUCAAUAAGCACGCCGCGGCCGCACUUAUUCCACAACGUGGAUAUCUUGAUCGUAAUCAACUAUCAGAUGUAUUUAAAGACUUAAAUAUAAAUGGGAAAGAAAAGACAGAGGCCGUAAAGUUAGUUCCUUGGUCUCAAGUUAGUGAUAAAGGUGUAGGUUUGUGUUCCGCAGCGGAAUUAUUGUUGAUAAUGUUGCAUAUUCUACCGGAAGGCAAUGGUCUUAACCAAUCACAAAUAGAAGAUUUAAAUAAAUUGUAUAAAACUGAUACUGCUUGCAUUGAUCGUUUAAAAAUUCAAGAAAUCCUCAUAGAGUUUGGUAUGGCUACUGAGUCGAAUAAAGACCUACUGCUAUUUAAAUCUAACCGACCCGCUGCUAUAGUGUUGAUGGAGCUGAUGAUCAUUACGGCAGAACGUUCUAAGACAGUUCACAAAAAUGAGACUGUGUUAAGUACACAAGAGGUCAGAAUACUGAUAUCUCAUUUCAAAAAACUUGACACGGAUCACGACGGUCUGCUCUCUGAUGACGAAGCGAAACAGUUCCCGGAAGGAUUACUCACUAACAAUCCACAAGAUUCAAUAAAAAGCACUGGGCUAAAUAGUGGUCAAAUAGAAAAAUGUAUUGAAGUAUACAAAAAUAGGGAGGAUAUCCCAAACUUUAUGAAGCAAGAUUUCGGUAUUAAAAAUCUGGAAGAAUUUUUUCAAUACAAGCCAAACGAAACUUAUUAUAUAAAUGCUAUGCGGUCACUUAUGGCGUUAGCGCAUGCAGGAACAAUUGACAACUUCGAGGAGCCAACGCUGAUGGCGAUUGAAGUAGAGUUUUACGUUAAAAAGUUCUUUAAACGCACCGAAGACACCGGACAACAUGGAUAUCUUAAUCGUGAACAACUAUUAAGUUUAUUUGAAGAUUUAAAUAUUCAAGGAGACGAAAUGUUAAAAGCUUAA